CAUCAUCAGAUGACUGAUUAGAAAUCUGCAUGUUUAACACCCCGCCUCUUUACUUUGAAAGCACCCUGACUGGAGCUCAGUUCAGUUGCGGACAUUGCAGAGCUUCAGUCACACGCACCAUGAAGACCUUCACCUUGAUAACAGCUUUAACUCUCUGCAGCUUUAGCUGGAUCUCUGUCUCAGGUUCUGAGUUUCAGACUGUGGAGGUUCAGUCUGGUGAAGAAGUCACACUGACGUGCUCCAACAUGUCCAGCGUUCGAUCUUUGACAUGGUGGUCCAGACUGGUGAACAGAACCAAGGCCAGCUGUAUCACUGUUAUGUACGACGCUCAUGGUGACGUUACAUACUGUGAUGGAUUUAAAAAUUUGAAAUUUAACAUGAGCUCCAACAUCUCCACUGUCUUUCUCAAAAUCAAAGACGUGGAUUUAUCUGACUCUGGACAGUAUUUCUGUGGAUUUUACUUAAGUGGCCGUCCAACUUUCAGUGAAAUACAUACAUUAAAUAUUAAAGAGACUGAUCUCUUCAUUGAUGAGACACAUGAUGACGUGGACAGCCAGUGUGAAAUGAGUGACGAAACAACAAAGCUGUUGAGUGUGAUCCUGGGCGGUGUGACUGUUUUCCUCGUUAUGAUCAUCAUCUGUCUGGCUGUGAAAAUCAAAACGCUUCAGAAAGAUCGCGUUGAAGAACAGAAUCCACAACGGACAAAGGUGAAGUUUAUUAGGGUGUUUGUAUUUCAGCAGGUGCUACAGUCACUUCAAGUCAUCUGUCAGUUAAUGAUAUUGUCCUUUUCUCUAUCACACUCUGCGACUCCACUCAACUUUUAUCCACAGAAUCAGGGCUCAGAUGACCUGAACUAUGCAGCUGUGACUUUUCAUCCAAAAACAGACCGAAACCAUCGGCCUGCACCAGAUAGAGAAGUGGAGCCAAAUGUUAUUUAUUCCUCCAUUAGAUAGACUCAGGAAGCACCUGUUUAAGUUCAAACCAACAUCAUACUAUCAAAGUUACUGAGACGUUAAAAUGUUUCUUGCAAAAUGUACAAUGUACUGAUUUUUGAUACUUGUAAGUAAAGACACUGACAUGGUGACUAGAUUCUCUUAUAGUGAGAGUUAGAUGGAGGUGUGCAACAGUGCAAGUUUAAAUGUCAUUUCAACCAUAAAAAUGCAGCUGAAUGAAAUACCAUGAAAUACCAUCACCUCGCUUCUUUGACAGGAGGAGACAGCACAGUAAACAGUUUACUCUUUCAAAUGUUGAACACAAGGCAGGUUUACACCGUAUCAUACACAGAGAUCAUUUAAAGUGCUUUACAGAAAGAAAAAAGGAGAUAAAAGAUAGAAGUUUAAAACCAAAUUGCUAAAAUAAUUAGGGCUGUCAAUGGAUUAAAAUAUUUAAUUGUAGUUAAUCGCAUGAAUGUCCAUAGUUCAUCGCGAUUGAUCGCAAAUUAAUCGCCCAUUUUUUAAUCUAUUCAAAAUGUACCUUAAAGGGAAAUUUGUGGAGUAUUUAAUGCUCUUAUGAACAUGGGAGUGGGCAAAUAUGCUGCUUUAU